AUGCCUCUCGUCGUUCCCGGAGUGACGGCCGAUAACAUGGGCGACGAUAAGACACAAGAGUGGAUGAACAAGCUUGUCGGCAAGAAGCUGUCAGAGGAGCCUUCUUCUGAGACUACCUUCUGCAAGACCGAACUUCCCCAAGAGACGCGUGUUAUCGAACCGGGCAUGAUGGUCACUAAGGAUUUCAAGCCCGACAGGCUCAACGUCCAUGUCAACGAUGAUGGGACCGUUUCCCAUGUGACGCACGGUUGA